AUGCCAAAACAUGCCUACAAACCUAGUUGCACUUUAUCUAAAAUAUCCAAAGUAAGAAGAAGAAAAGAUAUGCCUGAAAUUAGUAGUCAUUUUGAUUUUACCCAAGAAGGAACAUCCGAUUUAUCUGAAAUGGGUGUAAAAAGUGUACAUAUUCCAAAUGAGACUUCUAAUGAUGAUGAAUCUAAUUCUAUUCAUGUCCAUUCAAAUGAAUUAAUUAUAGUAGAACAAGAUAAUGUUGAUAACAUUGAGAAUGGUGUUUAUAAAAGUCCUCAUGAUGAAAGUGGAAAAAUUGAAAAUAUUUCUGAUCCAACUGUUUUUCAAUCUAAAUUAGCAUCAUUUAUUGUUGCAUCGAAAAUUCCAAAAACUAGUGCUACCAAAUUAUUAAAAUUACUAAAGACUGUGGAUAAUCUAGAUUGUUUAAAGUUGUUAACGUUAGAUUCUAGAACUUUGUUAUCUACACCUCGAUCAGGUGAUAUUGAUAUUAAAAGUAUUGGUGGCGGAGAAUAUAUUCAUUUUGGUAUCUCAGCAGGGUUAAUUUACACUUUAAAUAUAACAAUUGAACCUGUAAACAAUUUGUCUACAUUAGAAUUGUGGUUUAAUGUUGAUGGUCUUCCUAUUGAUAAAAGAGGAAAAUCAUUUUGGCCAAUAUUGUGUAGUUUUUGGGUUAAUGAUUCAAUAAUGAAACCCUUCAUUGUUGGAGCUUAUUUUGGAUCAAAAAAACCAUUUAAUGUAAAAGAAUAUCUUUCCCCUUUUAUUACUGACAUAAACAACCUUCUUGAAAAUGGUUUACAAUUCAACAAUAAUUCUCUCAAUAUAAAAGUCAAAGGAAUUAUAGCUGAUGCUCCAGCAAGAGCUUUUAUAAAGCAAGUUAAAGGCCAUUCUGGAUACUUUGGUUGCGAGAAAUGUAUAGAAGAAGGAGACUAUUUAUCGGGUAGUGUAAGCUUUCCUAAUGGAAAUGCACAGCUACGUACUGAUGAAUCUUUUAAUUUAUAUUUAAAUGAAGAACACCAUAUUGGAGUAUCCCCAUUAUUAGGAAUAUCGGGUCUGGGACUAGUUUCAUCAAUCCCUUUAGAUUAUAUGCAUUUAUGUUGUCUGGGAAUCAUGAAAAAAAUGUUACAUCUUUUAAUUAGAGGUAGUACUGUUCCAAAUGCUUGUGGCUCGGUUCGGGUAUCAAAAUCACAAAUUGAACGAAUAUACAAUCGAAUGAAAAUUAUAACAAAAUGUUUAAGUUCUGAUUUUUCUCGGAUUCCUAUAAAUGAUUAUAAAACCUUUAAAGCUACAGAAUUCCGUCAAAUAAUGAUGUACACUGGACCUUAUAUUUUCAAGAACAUAGUUAGUCAACCAGUUUAUAAUAAUUUUGUGAUAUUUAAUAUUUUGAUGCGGCUCUUGAGUUGCCAUACAACUGUGUAUAGUCAAAAUGAUUAUGCAAAAAGUCUUGCAAAAUAUUUUUUAAAAACAUUUUGUGAUGUUUAUGGUAAAGGGAACGCCUCGUAUAAUGUACACUCAAUAAUUCAUUUGGUUAAAGAUGCAAAAAAAUAUGGAGUUGUUGACAAUUUUUCAUCAUUUCCAUAUGAAAAUUACCUACAACAUAUUAAAAAAAUUUUUCAACCUGGUCGAGCUCCUUUAGUGCAAUUAUAUAAUAGAAUUGUAGAAGAACGUGAAUGUAAUAUUACUCGUGGAUUAUAUAUCAAUUUUCCUGUCUUAUAUGGAUGUCAUUCUAAAGGACCAUUACAAAGUAGUAUAUUGAAUAAAUCAAUAUUACAAUAUUCAAUUUUAAUUAUGAAAUUGUUUACCAUUCGAGUUACAUUUGAAAAUCGUAAAAGUACUAAAAAAGAUGAUUGCGUCAUUUUUUCUUCAUCUGUAAUAUGUAUAGUGCAAAAUAUAUUGAAAAUUGAUGACAAAUUAUUCCUUUUAUGCAAGCAAUUUGAGAAAGUUAUUCCUAUAUAUAAUGAACCGUUUUCUAGUGCAUCAGUUGGUAUGUUUGAAUGUAGCAAAUUGUCGCCAAUACUAAAAUUAUUUCCCAUUUCAAAUAUUCAAUUCAAAGCUUGUUAUUUACCUAAUUAA